UAAGUUAGUCAAAAAAGAAAAAACACUGCGAUCAAACGUGUCAUCGUUACUGUGUCGCCAGCGCCUUUUCACUAUUUACUUUGUUUAACACCACGUUUCCCUCUUGCCGCCUUAACAGAGCUACUUUUCAAUUGGAAAACUGAAACUAACAAUUAGAAUCAGUGAAAUAAUAUAAUAAUACAAAUAACAACAACAACGUAUACGUCGGCAACUGUGAGCGCGACAACAAUACAUAUUCACAUCAAGAGACUAACCGACGACAGCCAACAAUACGAUGUGUUGUUGUAUCAGUGAAUACCAAAGCAAGCAAAACAACUAGAACGGGUCUUCGAACUAGAACGCAUAACACUUGUGUUUUGGAUUUGAAGGUGUUCGGUCGCAAACGUUGAAAAAAGCCGUGAGAAUGUGCUUCCAAUUAAAUGCAAUACAAUAAAAAACAAAAUUGUGAAGUGUUUAUAUUUCAUCAAGUUAACAUCAUCACUCACCAUUGCGACAGCAACGGGUUAUAGCGAAUCAACAUAACUAAUGUGAAAUCAUAAACAUUAAAAACUAUAUCAAUUUCAGAAAAAAACAUUGUUAACGGAAGUGCCUCUAUAUUGAAUAUUUUGAUGUUAUUAUAUAAAGCCCAAUAAUUGAAAAUACACAAAUUCAAUUUAAACAUGGAACAUAAUGAAAAUAUUUCGACGAAGAGUGUUGUUAAUUUUCUGCAGGGUGACUGCGCAAAUAAUGGAAACAUUACUGUCAGUCACAAAUUUAGAGAGUUAUCCACACAGCAAGAGACAGGCUGCAAGAGAUCAGAAAUAGUAUGUCCCAGUACACCAACUGUGAAUGGAAGUAGUGGGCAUAAAAUGGGUUCCAGACGUAUAUUUACGCCACAGUUUAAACUACAAGUUUUGGAAUCUUAUCGCAACGAUAAUGAUUGCAAAGGCAAUCAACGUGCAACAGCGAGAAAGUACAAUAUUCACCGUCGGCAAAUUCAGAAAUGGUUACAAUGCGAAUCUAGUCUAAGAUCAUCAGUGGCUAAUAUUACCCAGAACACAGUGAAGCACCAGUUUCACAAUAUCAGCAUUCACCAACAGGUUCAAAAGUCUGGCAUUUCUGGCGCUUCAGUUCCAUUGAUAAAUGUCCCGUACGGAGUCAGUAAUAAUCACCAACACACCCAUUUCGGACCAGAAACAACACGAACAGAUGCGGCCAAUAGUACAAUAAUUGUGCCAUCUUUGUCGUCGGGUGUUACAACAUCAACUACACAAACACAAUGUGUGUUUUCAGCAGCUAAUUUGGCUGUAGUGGUUGCAGCUGCAGCAGGAGCUGCUAUGACCAUUACAAGCCCACCAGCAACUAAUGGGACUUCAAUUUCAAAUGAAUCCGCCCCUCCAUCGUCUUUACGCCCCCCUUCUAUAAUCGGUGCCAGCGGGAGCACUGCAACAAACAUAUCAACACUUCUGCACCACCACCAUCAUUACGGUGUCCCACCAUAUAUACACCAUACACCUGCAACUGCUCAACUGCCAGUUCCGAUAUUAGCACACCAUAUUUCUCAUUCACCACACAUGCAUCAACAGCCCGAACAACAUGAAGCAUAUCAAUACCAUAACCUGACAUAUACACAAUCACUAACACAUCAGCCCUCAGACAAACAGCAGCCGCAGUCGCUUUUGUCGUCAAUGAGUCUACCCGAUGUUAAUGCCUUAUCAACAGCUGGUUCACUAGCCGUCAACAAUGGCUUUCCCUCAGCACUGUGUGAGAUUGAACAGAAAGAAUCUGCAGAUUCUAAACAUUUAUGUUCUAUAGCACAUGUAGAUAAUUCUGUAAUUGGACAUUGUUCCGAAAUUAACACUGGAUCAAUUUUGUCGUCGCAUUCACCACCGGAGUUCAGUGCUAUAAACAAACCUCAAACUCUGUACAGAAUUCAAGAAAAUGAUUGCCAAAUGUUAUAUCCAUUGGGACCUAUGGAUUUAUCAGUGCGAACACGAAGAGACUUAAAUCAUAAAUUACCUGCAAUUACAAAUUUUUCGGAAAACGAUUCUAUUAUUGUCGAUUUAACUUACAGGAAACGAAAAAUUUUGCCGUCACCAUGCAAUGUUGGUAUGUCUGAAGAAAAUCAGCUUAAACUUAAAAGACCAACAGAAGAAAAUAAAAGUCAAUCAAAUUCUAACACUGACGAUGAUGAAGUUGAGAUUGAAGUGGGAAUAGAAGAAAAACUACCUCCAUCUAAACCUGUUAAACUUUUUAAACCCUAUUUACUCGAUACUGAUUCGGAAAGCAGCACUACUACCCCGCUUAUCACUAGUGAUGUUAAAUAUGUAGAGUCAAGCGAUAAUAUUUCCUGGGUACGGCAUACAUCAAGCAUUUCUCCACCACCACCCAUUUUCGACAAUUCUACGGGUCAUUGUCACAGUUCUACUUUUCAAUACUCCACCGUGAAAGAAAAUUCUAUUUUUUCUGGCGAAAUUAAAGGGGAAAACCCAAAAAGUGCAUUUACCUCCAUCCCCACCAUCUCUCCCACAUCUUUUCGAAGUCCGAAGCGAUCUCCAUCUUCUUCGGGGUACGAAAGUUCUUCCUCGACCUACAGCGAUUCUUCAUUUUCUUCCCGUGGUGAAUCAUAUGCCUACAAUAGAUCAUAUACACUUAGCCUGCAAAUGCACUCAAUACAACACGAGCAAUUAAGUUUGCAUCGCUCUAAGCAAGUCGAGAGGUGGUUGGAACAGGAAUCGCGCAAUUCCUUGGAACCCAAUUCCCCAAUAGCUAUUUUGGCUUAAACCAAAUUCACUGCAGCCAUUUGCAUUAUUAAAUAUGCCAUUCGUACUCAUCGUACAAUUGAAACAUAUCAACCUAGUUUUAAGAUAAAUUCCAACAUUAAUAAAAAAUCAUUUAAUAUACCUAUUACGCGCUUGAAUUAAUCAACAAAAACCUGAAAACGAGGACAAUAUUUUUUUAUAUUCACUUAUAAUCUAAUAGUUUUGAAGUAAAUUGAUGACGAUACAUUUAAUGUACAAAGUGUGAAGGCAAUACUUAAUUGAAAAAUGGAUUAUUGUGUUAUGAAUUUUACAAUUAAUUGUAUGUAAUUUGUAAGUCCGGAUAUUGUACAUGCUUAUUAUUAUAUAUUUAUCUUUAAAGAUAUAAAAACAUAUAGUCUUACGAAGAAAUGUUUCACUGUUUUAAAAUAAAAAGCUUUAAAAUUUCUUAUUUUUGUUUUUGGAACCCAUUAGAUGAUUUAUUUUGGAAAACGUUCAUUCAAACGAUUGUGAUAGAAAUUGAACUGUAAAACUACAAGUGAAUAUAUAAAAAAAUAUUUACUUUUUUAUUACCAUGUCUAGAUAAAUUCAUAGUCCUACAGUAUUUUUAUAUAUUUACACAUACUCAUAAACAUCUGCUCAUUUGUAUGAUAUAAUUUGACAAUUAAUAAAGUAAAGUAAAACUUACAUUCAUAUAAUAA